AUGUCACAUCCUGCCACUCCAGCCACACCGGUGGCAAACUCCCCAAGCUCUCUUUCAGAUGUGCCCUACUCGCAUACACCCACGCAACUCUCGACUCCGUCAAUGUCCUAUAGCUCCGUGGGUGACAAUAAGUUACCAUUUCAGACCACUUAUGAAGAAUAUGAAAAGUUUAUUCACGAGAUCCCCUCCAUAGCUUCGACUAUUAACAGAAAUGACCAAGUACCGCAGCAAACUGGAAACAUAUCUGCCUCGCCUCAGACUCCUAUGACGUCGCUUUCCAGCAUUACUGUACCCAACCCACAGGCCUUCGCUAGUCAUCUGGAUGCAGUUACACAUUUACAGACACGACUGAACUACAGAUUUCUUGAGCUUGAAGCAAAGCUUCGAUUUCUUCGUCUGCUCACCGCAGGAACUGAGCUUACGUCGUCUGAGCUUGUUUCUCUUGAUGCAGACUCCGAACAAUUGAGUAUCAAGAUCGACAACCUUGAACAGCAAGUGCAGGAGAUGAAAAAAAUAGGAAGGAUCCUGCGCAAGAAGAUAGGGAAAUGUUUUCACCAGCUGGAAAUCCGGAGAUGUAUUGAGGGAAAGCCAAUUCUUGAGGAGGAGAUCAACGCCAUGGUGGAGAAAACACUAGAAUACAAAACUUUUUUCGAGGAGAAUGGGAUGGAGUAUGGCGACAACAAAUCUUCUGAACCGAUCAGCUGGGCAAAGCAAUUCAUCGAGGAGAAUGUUUUUGGCGUGGAUUUGCUCGAGACAAAUCUUAACAGGAUCACCUCUGAGCUAGACGAGCUGGAGAAAACACUGCUUGACUUGGAGUCGACAUCGCAAAGCAUAACAAAACAGGAGGAAGAGCUUGAUGAGGAGAUUGGAACGUUGGAGCGAGAGAAGAUGGAGCUGGAGAAGCAGCUGUCGGUAUUGUCAACCCACAAAAAGACUCCUCAAGAGCAAGAGCUGAUCAAACAACACCGAGUCCUCACCCAACUAGUGGGGAUAUGGGAGUCUCUUUGA